AAAUGGCGCCAAUAUUAAAGUUCAGCGGGCCAUCGAAUCUGGCAUAAUGUUUCAUAAUAAACACUAAUUAUAUCCACACUCUCUAACGCGUCCAUAUGCAGAGUGGAGGCACAAUACUGGGGUCAAGCGAUACUAUACAUCUCGGCUAAAUUCGUUGAGUGGGAACUUUUAGCAUUAGCUAGGCUAGCUAACGUGCGAACGUUACGUGGCUUAAAGCAGAUAGCUACUAGAUAGCUUAGCUAGUUAACUAGCUGCCGUGUUUACUAGUUAGGGGGUGCUGCGGCGACAAGCAGCCUCAGCCAAGUUGGCACGUCAGGCAUGCUAUCUUUCAGUGACAAACAUGUUUUCUUAUUUACUUGUUCGUAUAGCUCAACUAGCUGCGAAUGCUUGUUUGUUUGACACGUUGUCGCAGGUUGUGCUUGGUCAACAUGAGAUUACACCUUGACCUCGCCAAGACUGACCAUGAAGAGAGGUCGGCAUCCAAGCAGCAGUGAAGAAGACUCUGAUAAUGGAAGUAACUCCACUUCCUGGUCCCAACAUUCUCAACCCAGGAGAGCCAAUUGGAAGAAGCCCUCAGAAGCUUGGGAAGUAGACCAUAUAUAUCGUAUACCGGGUUAUUUGGAGAAGGCAAUGGUGUUCAGGACAGACUUCAUCACGGCCAUGAAGCUCCAUGACACGUACCAACUGAACCCUGAGGAUUACUACGUCCUGGCCGACCCCUGGAGACAGGAGUGGGAGAAGGGAGUCCAGGUCCCUGUCAGUCCUCACACCAUCCCCCAGCCUGUAGCCCGGGGAGUGGCUGAGCGGGGGAUGGAGGUGAUGUUCUCGACGCCUAAGAAGUGGAUCCGUUCGGGGUGUUCAGGGGCGCUGGGGUACGUGGACAUCCAGACCCUGGCUGAGGGGACGUGUCGUUACGACCUCAACGACACUGACGUGGCCUGGCUGGAGCUCAUCAACCAGCAGUUCACUCUGAUGGGCAUGGUGCUGCUGGACGAGAUGACCAUGGAGAGAGUGAUGGAGGAGUUUGAGAGGCGUUGCUAUGACAGAAUGAGCCAUGCCAUGGCAACGGAGGAGGGGCUUGGCAUGGAGUACGACGAGGAUGUUGUGUGUGACAUCUGUCGGUCACCUGACAGCGAGGACAACAACGAGAUGGUUUUCUGUGACAAGUGCAACAUCUGUGUUCACCAGGCGUGUUAUGGGAUUCUGAAGGUGCCAAAGGGAAGCUGGCUGUGUCGGACCUGUGACCUCGGUAUCUCGCCAAAAUGCCAACUCUGCCCCAAGAAGGGCGGGGCCAUGAAACCCACUCGCAGCGGAACAAAGUGGGUUCACGUCAGCUGUGCCCUGUGGAUCCCCGAGGUGAGCAUUGGGAACCCAGAGAAGAUGGAGCCGAUCACCAACAUGUCCCACAUCCCUAGUAACAGAUGGGCUCUGACCUGCUGUCUCUGUAAAGACCAGACUGGAGCCUGUAUACAGUGUUCAGCAAAGAGCUGUCGGACAGCGUUCCAUGUGAGCUGUGCCUUACAGAGCAGCCUGGAGAUGAACACCAUCCUGACAGAGCAGGAUGAGGUCAAGUUCAAAUCCUUUUGCCCCAAACACUCUGGUCUGAAGGAAGGACAGGACGGAGAGGGGACCAGAGACAAGAAGUGGCGGAAGAGUGACAGAGUCAGAGGUGAUGAAGUUCCACCCCCCGUCCCAGCCCCCCAGGAGGAGAGCAGGGUGAACCAGCAGGCGGUGAACCUGCGUCAGAUCAAACUGCAGCAGCUGGAGGAGCAGUUUUACCAGUUUGUUAACGUUAAGGAGGUAGCCAAUCACCUGCAGUUGCCCCAGGAAACAGUAGAUUUCCUGUAUCAGUACUGGAAGCUGAAGCGCCGAGCCAAUCACAGCCAGCCGUUGCUGACCCCCCAGAAGGAGGAGGAGGAGAGUCUGGCUAGGAGAGAGCAUGAUGUCCUCCUCCACCGCCUACAGCUGUUCACUCACCUCCGCCAAGAUCUGGAGAGGGCUCGUAACCUGACCUACAUGGUGACGCGGAGGGAGAAGAUAAAGAGGACUCUGUGGAGGAUCCAGGAACAGAUCUUUACUCAUCAGGCCGAGCUGCUGGACCAUGAGAUCAUCAACGGGUGUCUGAACGACAGUGUGCGUCUCAGUGUGGUUUCGGCCCCAGUGGCGGUGUUGGGGUACAGUGGCCUGAAGACCCAGAGGAGAGACCGAGGGAGGGGAGGGCACCGGAGAGGAGGCCUACAUCUACUACACAGUCUGACUGAGGGGGGUAGAGGACAGACAGACAACUCCAGCAAACUGAAGACAGAAAGUAGCAGACCCAGAAUAGAGGGUAGGAGGAGCCUGAGGAAGGAGGCCCCAGAUCCUGAGCAGCAGCAGAAGAGCAGCAGCAGGAGGAGAGAGGAGGACCAGGGAAGGGUGGAGAGGAGGAGGAGAGGAGAGAAGGAACAGAGGACAGGGGAGGAGGACCAUGGAACAGAGAAAAGCUCUCCAAUCAAAGCCAAAACCAGACUGGGGUCAAAGGCCAGUGAGAAACCAGCCAGUAGGGUCAGUGAUAUGACUGAUGCUAAACCAGCCAAUAGAAUGAGUGAAGCUAGGGUUAGGUUAACUAGGAUCAAGGUUCAUCAUGUGACUGAGGCUAGGGUCAGGUUAACGAGGGUUAGGGUUACUGAUCAUGUGACUGAAGUGAAGGGAAGGAAGGUGAGGCUCAGCGGAACAUACAGCCAAUCUGAUCCCAGAGACACCAAUGUAUCCAUGACAACCAAACACAAUAGUUGGUUGGCCAGUGGGCCUGGUGGCAGCCAUCUUAAGAACUGGGGUAAGUUCAGAAUCCCGAAGAGGAGCGAGAGGCCAGAGGAGCCAUCAAACCCCAACCCCCCACAGCACAGACCUCUUAACCCCAACCCCCCACAGCGCAGACCUCCUAACCCCAACCCCCCACAGCGUAGACCUCCCAACCCCCCACAGCGCAGGCCACUGCAUAGUGAGCCGUCGUACCCCAGGAGACGACUCCGUACAGAGAGCGAUGGGUACUCCUCUAACUCUGAAACUCCACCCAGUGGGCUGGACAUGAAGGCAUGUCUGAAGAGAUGCCACGCCCACCAGCUGAGGGGUGGGGCCUAUGGCUCUGACAUCAUCCACCAAGGGGUUCUAGCCUCCUGAUGACAUCAUCCUGCUGAGAUGCAACACUUGAAACAAACAGCACCAUGUUUAUAGAAAAUGAAGCUAGCCCAAGGUUGCUUUUUAUAAUCAAAUUUACAGAACUGAUAUUUAUUUUAUCAUUUGUAAGGUUGUAUAUAUUUUAAAUUCUGUUAUCAAUAAAAAGUGAAGAUUA